GCAAAGCAUCUAUAUCUAUGUUCCGGUGAUUAUCUAUAUUAACUCCCACAAGACACGCUUUUGACUCCAAUUUCAACCCAACCCAACCCUACAUCUCAUCCCAUCAGUUUCCUUUCACUCGAUCUGUAUCACGAUCCACCAUGGAUGAAGAGUAUGACGUCAUCGUCCUCGGUACCGGCCUCAAGGAAUGCAUCCUCAGUGGUCUUCUCUCCGUUGACGGUCUCAAGGUUUUGCACAUGGACAGGAACGACUAUUAUGGGGGAGAAUCAACCUCACUCAACCUUAUUCAGCUGUGGAAGAAAUUUAGAGGAAGUGAUAAACCUCCAGCUCACUUAGGGUCUAGUAGAGAUUACAAUGUGGACAUGAUCCCUAAGUUUAUAAUGGCAAAUGGUGCUCUAGUACGCGUCCUCAUCCACACUGAUGUCACAAAAUAUUUGUACUUCAAAGCAGUGGAUGGUAGUUUUGUUUAUAACAAAGGAAAGGUGCACAAAGUUCCUGCUACUGACAUGGAGGCCCUCAAGUCUCCUUUGAUGGGUAUUUUUGAGAAGCGUCGGGCCCGCAAGUUCUUCAUUUAUGUUCAGGACUACAAGGAAGAUGACCCCAGAACACACGAGGGGAUGGAUUUGACACGUGUGACAACUAGAGAGCUUAUUGCUAAAUACGGUCUUGAUGACAACACUGUGGAUUUUAUUGGCCAUGCUCUAGCUUUGCAUAGAGACGAUCGCUACUUAAACGAACCUGCCCUGGAUACAGUGAAAAGAAUGAAGCUCUAUGCUGAGUCACUUGCACGUUUUCAAGGAGGAUCACCUUACAUCUAUCCUUUGUAUGGAUUAGGCGAGCUUCCUCAGGCCUUUGCUCGGCUCAGUGCUGUGUAUGGUGGAACCUAUAUGUUGAAUAAACCUGAGUGCAAGGUUGAGUUUGAUGAAGAAGGCAAGGUUUGUGGUGUUACUUCAGAGGGUGAAACCGCUAAGUGCAAGAAAGUUGUUUGCGAUCCUUCCUAUUUGCCUAACAAGGUGAGGAAGGUGGGCAAGGUGGCCCGAGCAAUUUGCAUUAUGAGCCAUCCGAUUCCGAACACAAAUGACUCACACUCGGUUCAGGUUAUUCUUCCACAAAAGCAGCUGGGUCGCAGAUCAGACAUGUAUCUGUUUUGCUGCUCAUACUCCCACAAUGUUGCUCCAAAAGGGAAAUUCAUUGCAUUCGUAUCUACAGAGGCAGAAACUGAUCAACCCGAAAUUGAAUUAAAGCCAGGGCUUGAUCUUCUGGGCCCCGUUGAUGAAAUCUUUUAUGAUGUUUAUGAUAGAUAUGAACCAGUCAACGAGCCAUCUUUGGAUAAUUGCUUUAUAUCCACCAGCUAUGAUGCAACAACUCACUUUGAGUCGACUGUAAUUGAUGUGAUCCACAUGUAUUCAAUGAUUACCGGAAAGGUUCUUGACUUGAAUGUUGACCUAAGCGCUGCAAGUGCUGCCGAAGAGUAAAAUCUUGGGAAGUAUGAUGUUUCCCUAUAUCUCUAAGGCUGUCACUGUUCUAGUGGGAAAAAAAACUUCAUUUUAAGUUUCUAUUUUCCAAGAUGCAUGCAUGCUCAAAUGUGUAAGGAUAUUGUCUGUACUUUUGUGUAAAAUAUGACCUGUCAGUUGUCACAUGUGUGGAAAUUUGUUCUUGAUGGAAUUUAUAGUUAUCAAUCAA